GCUUUCACUUUUACCCCGUUUCUCCCCUUCGAUAUUCCUAGAAUCUCAGUCUUAACGUAAAGGAACAGAUUUUUAUCGCAAACGUGUACGUUUACGUGGUUAUGGGCCAGACUGCCCGGUUCUCCCCCUUUCUCGGGGGGGUUUCUUGGUUUCCAUUGGCAACCGGUCCCGUGUUCACGAGAACAACGUCUCCCGUGGACUAACCGCGCCGACUUGACAACACGAGUGGCGAGUGGGGAGGAUUUCACUAAGACAUGAACGAUAUCGCGAGAGAGAAUCAGAGACGGCUUGCUGAUCAUGACUGCUUUGGUUCGACCUGUGGUGAAUGUUUCAGAGCUAUGUUCGGACGGAGACAAGUUCCUUGAGGCUGGCGAGGUGGAGAGGGCCACCUCCCUCUACAUGUCCGCCUUCAGGACUCACGCCACCUCCGCUGUGUCCCACAUGAGAAAACUGGAGAAGUCCAGGCUAGGCUGGGUGAUCUCUACUCUGGAAAGCUGGCUUGACAGUCAUGGGGAGAACCAGUCUGCUGAGGGCCUUAACAAAGGUCUCGCGGCGGUGUUCCUGUCCACGCUCAGCCCCAACAAUCUGUCUGCGACCAUUUUCAAGAUGGAGUCACUUCUUCAGAGUGGAGGGCAAAGCUGUGAGGAGAUCUUCUCACGCUGCACCGCUCUGCUGGAGGGGAAACGAAACCCUCGUCCAGAAGGUUCGACUCGUGUUUUGCUGGAAAUCACUCGGGCCCUGGCUUGUUUGCUCUCAGAGCAGCACAGAUGCAAGGGACUGAAACUUUACCUCAAAGCUUACCAGAGUAGCAAAUGUGAAACUAUCACACUGGUGAAGAGCCGACAAGCUUUGCACAUGCCCAAAAUAGUGAAGGCCUUUACAGACAAAAUAACACACAAGCUUCCCUCUCUGCCAUUUGACAUCAAAUGGGCACCGUCAAAAGAGAAUGAUGAGCUAGAUGUAGAGGUUUCUACAACUAUUGAGUUUUUGUUGGCUAUCUCACCAGUUAAUAGAGAGGUACAGGAGCUUCAAGCAGCGUAUUUGCUCAUGACAGGCAGGUUCGGGGACAGCGCAGAAGUGUACUCUGCGCUCUUGUCAGAUAGCACCACGGACAAAUUACUCCAAGGCACCCCUGAGAGGACGGCCAGACUCUUAACGAGUCGAGCGGCGGCCUGCUUCUCGGCGGGUGGAAGGACAGCAGAGGAGUGCAGAGAUCUGGGAGAGGCAUUUGAGGUCCAUCCCGCCACUGCAAGGAUUUACUUCCAAAAGCUCUUCACGGGUCACGGUAAUGGAGCGGCCGCUCGUAACCACCUCCGCCAGCAGGCGGAGAGAGGCUUGUCCGCUUACAGAGAGAAGGUCCUUGUCCGUGCAGACCUGCGAUCCACUGAAGGAGUUGAACUUCUGGACCCUGUGAUCACUCAGUUGCGGACUCUGUGCCAUUUGGAGCCUGACGGGGGAGGCAGAGAGUUGCGGGUCCGACUGGCUGACUGCCUCCUCCUCAGAGGGGAGCACAAAGAGGCUCUCUCUAUCUGCAGCCAGCUAGUCGCUGCUCAAGGCCAGCAGAGCUAUCAAAACACAGUCCAGGUCCUUCGUGGAUAUGCAAGACUCCUCUCCGAUGACCACAAGGGGGCGUUAGAAGACUUCCAAGCUGUCAUUGAACACGACACCCCCCACCCGUCCAGCUGUGUGCGGGCGCUUUGCGGCAGGGGGCUCCUGCGCAUGAUGGGUGGUUUAAACUAUCUCACAGCUCUGGACUAUGUGACAGCGAGCAGGUUGCAUCCUCAGGAGACAGCGCUGACUGUUCGCUGCUUGGUGCCAUGGAACUACAGAGGGCUCCUGUUUACUGUCCUGCUGGAACAGGGGCGCGUCAUGCUGGAGGGGACUGGAGAACAUGAAUCCAAGGCUGGCACUGGUGAAGACUCUCAACAGCCCCAGCGGGAGACCCAGCUACAGGCCCCGUCCAAGAGAGAUAACCACAGAUCAGGGACUCCCGCUGGUGUCCAGUCCCUGGCUGCGUUGCUGAUGGAGCUCCAGCCCAGUGCUGAUGGGCCUCAGACGCUGGCAGCAGACGCCUUGUACCAGCUCGGCCGGGUGGAGGAGGCCUACCGCUUACUGCUCUCCAUCGGGCCCACAAAUCCCCGGGCUCCUGUCCUGGCCCGCCUUGCUCUCCUGCAGCUGCACAGAGGCUUUUUAUAUGACACCAAUCAGCUGCUCAAAAAGCUCCUUCUGUGUGGAGACACCAGCUGCUUGCGCCCCCUGUUGGCAGUGGCACAACACAAGGACCGAGCAUUGCUACAGAGACACUGCCACUCAGCUGCAAAACGCAUCCUGGACGUCACGAAGGACGAGGGCGCCGUCAGGGAGGCUGUGGCCUACCUCUCCAUUGCUAUCAUGGCCUCUGCUGGCGAGGCAGCUGACUCCUUGCUGGAGAGAGCGAGGUGCUAUGCCCUGCUGGGCCAACGAAAGACAGCCAUAUUUGAUUUCAGCGCCAUCCUGAAGGAGCAGCCGAAGCACGUGCAGGCCCUCUGUGGAAGAGGCUUCGUGUAUCUCACGCUGAAUCAACAGAAGAAAUGCACUCAUGAUAUACUCGCAGCACUUCAGAUAAACACAGACAUAGUCAUCAAAGACAUCCUGUCACUCAAGGACAAGGCCCAGAAGCUGGUCUGUGACUGGCUGCAUCAGUUCUGUCGUACCAGCCUGUCAGACUCUGUGGUCGCCAGUGCUGUUCCCUGCCACGAGGAGCAGCUCAGAGAGGCUUUUAUAAUUGGUGGAGCUCUGAUCAGGACCGACUGUAGAGACCCCAGAUGGCAUCUUCUCUAUGUGGACAUACUCUUGGCUAAAGGCGACGUUAAGGCAGCGGGCGCUCAUCUGUGCCAGAUAUUUGGCCAGGAGCCAAGGGAUGCAGCGGCCCAGGCUAGGGUGGGUGUGGUGGAGGCCUGGCAGCAGAACUACCGCAGCGCAGCUCACAGGCUCAGCAAAGUGGCCGAGAAAGAUUCCUCCGGUCUGGACUUCUUGCUGGCCCUGAUCCCAUUUAAUCAGAGAAAAUGCAUGGCUCAGGCAGCAGCACAGGAGGCCAGCAGUGUGUCGUCAGCUGGUCAGUGGGACCAGGCGCUCAAUCUCCUGACUGUGGCAGUACAAGCUGUGGGCAAUCACAGGCUGCAGUACCUGCGCCAGCGGGCAGCCUGUCUGGGGCAGCUCGGCUUGCACGAGCGGGCCGUAGCUGACCUGGACAGAGUGAUCCAGAAACACGGCAGACCCGAAUCUAGCUGCUGCGACGACCCUCGCGUCCGGGCGGAGGAUCUGUGUCGGCGAGGUCGCAGCCUGGUGCUGUGUUCCAGGGAGGGAGCGGCCCUGGAGGACUUCGCCCAGGCCCUGGAGCUCCACAGGGAGCACGCCAUUCAGUGCGCGGAGGCCGGACUUGGGAGGCUGCGCCUAGGUGAGUGCUUCCUGCGGGGGGCGCUGCAGCAGUACGGGGAGCAGCAGCUGAGCAAAGCCUGGACGCUGAUUGAAUGCGGCCUCCUCGUGGACAGUGAGAACACGGAGCUGCGCAGGCUGAGGGCGAGGGUCAAACGAGAAGUGGCCAGCCCUUGUAACGUCAACUAGCAUUAAUGUUUACAGAAUCAACCUGGACUCAGGAUUUCAAGCUGAGCUUAUGAAGUGUAACCAUGUCUGUGCCUUUACCAGAGGAACCAUCUAACUUUUAUUUCAUGUUUCAUAGGACAGUUCAUAUCAUGUCUUCCAGGUUCAUUUUACAUCUACAAGACUAACAAUGUUUGUUAGCAUUAAAUAUAUUUAAUAUGAGGGGGGCAGUAGAUAUUUAACACCACAAUCAGAUAUGUUUGCAUAUAUAAUUCAUACAUUUGUGACUCAAACAUCAGCAGAAAUUGAGAAAAAGGCAAUAACAUCAAUUAUUAUUGUGAUAUGAUUACAUGUUAUGCUGUAUGAAAUCUUACUGCAUAUUUAAAUUCAAACCAUCACACCUAGAUAAGAGAUUUCAAAAAGUGUCAAAUGUGCAGGUUUGAUGCUUUUAAAAUAGAGAAAGCAUUUCUUUAAUCAUAUUCAGGGUAUCAAACACAAAUUUAG